GAAACAAGCGCCACCGAGAACGCUAGUAGGGAGGAAGUUGAAGUCAUGGCCCCUCGACGCCUCCUGUUGGUUGGGGAAGGGAAUUUCUCCUUCGCCGCCGCUCAGAGCGAGACCCUGGAUCCGAGCACUACUAGUAUUAUUGCCACCUGCCUCCAGCACCCGGCCGACCUGGCCCGGGAUCCGUUGGCCGGGGAGAAUCUGCAGCGCCUGCGCGAGCGAGGUACAGAGGUACGUUUUGGUGUAGACUGCACCCAGCUGGCAGAUGCCUUUGAACUGCACGACAGGGAAUUUGAUCGAAUUUAUUUCAAUUUCCCGCACUGUGGACGCAAAGCUGGAGUGGCUAAGAACAGGGAACUACUUGCCAAGUUUUUCCAAAGUUGUGCAGAUGUUCUUGCAGAGGCAGGAGAAGUGCAUGUGGCCCUGUGUAGAGGACAAGGUGGGACUCCUGCUGACAAGCCCAGGAGAGAAUGGCACAACAGUUGGCAAGUGGUUGCCAUGGCAGCUCUGGGAGGGCUCAUUUUAAGUGAUGUGCAUCCCUUCAGCUGUGAGGCUGUGCCAGGGUACAAGUGCACUGGAUAUAGGAGUCAAGAUAAAACUUUUCAUGUCGAAGGUGCUUUGAACCAUAUCUUCACUCGGAGCUUACCCUUUGAAUGUUUUCAACCCAGAAUCUUUAGAAUCAGACUGGGUGACCAGUGGUUUUCUUUUCCCGAACCAGAAGCACUUACAGGAAAGUUGAACAGGGGUUUCCUGGAAGCACCUUCAUGUCAUCCUAUCAGAACUAUAAAUGAGAAACUCAUUGCUGAAUUGGGCAAAGCUUUCUCUCUAAAAAGGCUGAAGUGUCCCUUCCCUUUGCUGUCACAAGGAGACACCAGUGUUCUCACUUCCUGGAACUAUGACAUUGUAUCAGCUGCCUUUUGGAUUAGUCUCCUUGAGGACAACUCAAAUUCCGAGUCCCUGACGGAUGGGACAACACAAGAUAUGGAGGAGUUUCUACUGUCAUUUUCAGAACUUAGCCUUCCCGGUGAUCCUGAAAGAGAUGAUAAGGAAGAAGCUCAUGAAGGAAUCUAUGGCCAGGCCAAGGUCUGCCUUAGACCUUCUCUCCUAGUUCAUGUUCAGACUGUCAUCCAAGCACCAGACUUUCUCCCAGGUUCUCUGUAUAUCCUCAGUGGACCUGUCUUUAAGAAGUGCCUCAUUUUGCCUUUCACAAUGCCAGCAUUUCAUGAGACUUUACUAAUCCUUGAGUUUAAUCAAAAUCUGAAGGAUGGCUGUCUUCAGUCACUACUGGAUCACCUGAAGCAUAUUCUAGAUAGCCUGUUGACCCAGACAUUGCUGGAAGGCUCUAAGUUGAGCAGUUCAGUGGAAUUUGUCCUCCAACAAAAUGGAAAAGAUUAUAUGAUUAGUGUGAAGUCUCAUAAUUUUGACCCAGAUGGUGCCAAAGAUCUGAUUAUUGGGUCUGUCACCACAUCUACUAUAAGCAUUAUACACAAAGAGCGAUGUUUUGUGUUUGUGUCUAUGAACUUGGACCUAUUAGCCAUGCUUGUCUGUGGUAUCUCUGACUGGAGAAUGUUGUGGACCUCUGAUAACCGUUUCCUGAAGAAUUUUGUCUCUGGGAAAAUAGAACCCUUCAAAAGCUAUUCCCUGUAUCCUCCAUGCUAUGCACAUGAUAUUAGUUUUUGGUUAGAUGAGAAGAAAGGAUUUGAUGAACUAGAGUUUCACACUGUGGCCCGAGAAGUAUCCCAAGACACUGUCAUAUCCAUACAGUUUCUUAGUCGUUUUCAGCAUCCAAAGACUGAACAGGUGAGCCUCUGCUAUAGAUUGAUCUACCAGAGCUGUGACAAGGCCCUAACGAAGCAGCAAGUAGCAUCAAUGCAGUCCCAGUUUAGGAAAGAAAUUCAACAACGACUACGUGUGAUACCUCGGUAGUUUAGUAUAUUCAUUUCUACAGUGUGAUCCGUCGCAGGUGUGGUUGUGGAUGAAAAAGACCAGUUUGCAACCAAUAGUCCUUUCUGGACUGUUUUUUGGUUGUGUUUUACUGUGACUAGAGCCAUUGUUUGGUUGACCCUAAAGGUACCUGUGACUCUGUCUCUUAAACUUACAGACUGUAAUGUCAUUGGUCUCAAGUAAUGUCUACAAAAAUAAACGAAUAAAACAGCAUUUUGUUCUUCAGUUCUAUUGCUGAAGAGGCAGUAGAACUCAGGUGUCUCAUCACAUACAUUUAUGAAUAUAUUUGCCACUCUGUCAAUGCCUCUUCCCUUAACUCUAUUGUAUCAUCGCACUCAUUCAAAUUACCAGAGUGGUUUCUGGAGUCAAACAGACCAAUAUUUAUUAGUCUGAAUAAGUUGGAAGCGCUCCAUAAUUAGUAUUGGUAUUAUUAUUAUUAUCAUCUUAUUAUCAUUUUUAUUUUGUGGCUGGCUUGUUAUUUAAAGUCAUGGAAUAAUAAAUGUCAAAUUUAGGGUUGACACUUGGGUCCAUCUGACUCUAAAGCCCAUCUUCUUUCUGCCACUUUCAAUUACCUUGCUUAUCCUUCCCUAGUCUUUUUCAACAGUAACCUCUCAACCAUGAUGACCUCUAAACUUUGCUUCCCUAUAUUUUGGAACUUUUUGCUGUAAACAUCUCUAAGGGACACUGGGAGCUAGGUUCGGCCCAGGACUCUGCAGAAUGGGAUACUCUAACGUGAAUUAAUGUAUGCUCCUGUUGAUUAACAGUUAGGGUCCACAGAUGGGAAUUAUAUUGUAAACUCUGUGAAGGAAAUGACUUGUGUCUGAUUCAUUCUUGUGUUUGGAGAAAGCACAUGGGAUGGUAGAAUGGAAGCAAAGAGACAAGUUAGGAGAUUAUUACAGUAAUCAAGGAAGAGAUGAUGGUAAUGUGGACCAGAGUGGUGAAAAGUUGUUUGAUUGGGACUUGCUGAUGAAUUAAAUGUAUGUGCAUGGGGGAGAGGUGUAGAGUGAAAGAGGCAUCAGGCAGGGCCCCUAGAUUUUUGAAUUAAGCAACUGGGAACAGAGAAAUAUAAGUGACUGGGAUGGAAGACUGGCAUAGGAGUAAGUUUGGGGAGUAGGGUAGAGAAUCAAGGGGUCUCAUAUAUAACUUAACUGUCCACAUAGACUACAAGCUAAUUGAGGGCAGGUGAUAUGAUUUAUACCUUUCUCCCAUCCUGAAUAUUUUCUGGAUGAGAUAGUAUUUGAGUGGGGUCUCAAAACAAGGGCAGGGAUCUGAAAGGAGAAGAUUGUUAGGCAAGGAGGUGUGCAUUCCAGGCAGAGCACCUAUGUGAGCAGAGGCAGGAGUAUUUGGGGCACUUUUCAGGGAAGUAGUCUAGUCAGUUGGAAUGUAAAGCGUGUGGAGCGGAGUAGUGGGAGAUAAUAUUGGAAAAACAGGUUGGGGCUAUGAAUGCUAGAAUGAGUUAGUACUUUAUUUGGCAGGCUAUAGGAAAAAAAUCUGGUGAUUUUUUAUUAACGAAGUGACACAAAAGAGUAGUGCUUUAGAAAAUUAAUUGGACAGUGUUGCACAGGAUGAAUUUGAGAGGGCAAAGCCCUGUAAGGAUGCUGUUGUAGUAGUCCUAAGUAG